UUAGCAGUUUAUAUUUACUAAAAUAAUUGCAUUUCUAUGUUCUGUGUACUAUGGGAGACCAGAUAUAGUGAAUGCAGGGUCCAGGGAGACCAGAUAUAGUGAAUGCAGGGUCUGAGAAGAUCAGAUAUAGUGAAUGCAGGUUCUGUGGAGACCAGAUAUAGUGAAUGCAGGGGUCCGGGGAGACCAAAUAUAGUGAAUGCAGGGUCCGGGGAGACCAGUUAUAGUGAAUUCAGGGUCUGGGCAGACCAGAUAUAGUGAAUGCAGGGUCCGGGGAAACCAAAUAUAGUGAAUGCAGGGUCCGGGGAGACCAGAUAUAGUGAAUGCAGGGUCCGG